GACUGAGACUGAGCGUCAGGAGGCGACGACCAGGACACCCAAACACGGUGAGGGCCAAGUCGAUGUCUCCCUCGUCGCUGUUGCCUCUACCACCACAACAGACGAAAGCUGCACAUGUCGACGCUCACAUCGACGCUCAUAGGCGGCAUACAGGGAUGUGCCUGGCUGAUCUCAGCGGGCCUGCUCGCCCAUGACCACUACCGGCAGUCGCGACCUGUGCGCCUCGAUGCGGCCGCCGACAAGCUGCUCAAGACGGAGCGCGAGGCCAUCGCUGCCGCUGAGCGAACCGAUGGCCGGACCACCAAGAAGUACGAGGCUGACUUCAGACGGCGGCUACGAUUCUCAAGGUCAGCCAUCGUCUCGCUCUCGGUCCUCGUCGUGGCCCUGUGCGUGGCCAGGAUCGCCUUUGACGUGGCCUGGUCUGCAGAGGGCGUGUGGCGAGUGCUGACCCGGCACGCCGAGAUAUGGCCGAUUGCAACGAGGGCGCUCAUCUGGACCAAUGCCCUCUACCUGGCCUAUGCAUGUAUCCAGGGCCACCUGCAGCAGCAACAGCGCCAGCAACAACAACAACAACAACAACAACAACAUUGGCACUACGUCCUGCAUCUCGCUAGCCUCAUCUCGCUCGCAUUUACCUGCGAUGUCGUCCUCGCUGUGCUUCCCAAGGAGGGCGAGACACUGGCGCUGCUGGCCUCUCAGAUCCUCGACGUCGUUCUGUCCUUUGUCGCCGUCCUGGUCACCAUCAACAUUCCCAGCGGGCCCCGCCGUGUCGUCUCGCGACCAGGCGCACAGGCCGCCGACGAGACCGACGACCGGCUCGUGGCCGCCCUCGGGCCAAACGGCGCCACAUUGCUGUCCAGCAUCUGGUUCACUGGCGCCGUGCCCAUCGUCAUGCGGGCCUACCGCAAGGGCUACCUCGAUGGGACCGAUGCGCCUCCACUCGGCUCCGUCAUGGGCGCACAGGUCCUCUACCUCCGCUUCCGCAUCGCCUACGAAAAGUCGAUGAACAAGGUCAAGCUAGCAGCCACGCCGGAGCCACCGCGGGCACGACCCACAAAGGACGGCAGCAACAAGAAGAAAAAGGACAGCACAUGGCAGACGAUCAAGGGCAGCUGGCCCCUGGCACGCGCCGUCCUGAGCGCAAACAAGGGCCUCAUCAUCUACCUCGAGAUCCUCAGCGCCAUCAGCGGCGUCUCGUUCUAUGCGCCCUCGCUCGUCACCUUUCUCGUCGUCUCCUUUCUCGAGGAGCAGGAGCAGCAAGUGGCCGAGGGAAAGGCGCCCAUGUCCGGCCUCAUGCGUCUUCGCCACGGCCUGCCCUACUGCGUCCUCCUGGCCUCGGCCAUGCUCUUUACCAGUCUCGUCAUGGGCCAGGUCAUGUCCGUCGGGCUGGCCUGGCUGCGCACGAGGAUCCGGCUGCAGCUCCAGAGCGUCAUCUUUGCAAAGGCGCUCCGAAGAAAGGAUGCCGGGAGCGCAAAUGCGCCGGGCGAAGAGGGAGACACGGACGAGGACAAGAAGAGCCCCCUUGCGAAGGGGGCCGACGAAGACAAGAAAGAAGAAGAGGAGGACGACGAGGACGACACGUCGUUUGUCAGCAAGACGCAAGUCGUCAACCUCGCCUCGGUUGACACGGAGCGGGCCUCACAGCUCUUCUAUCUCGUCACCUUUGCCAUGGCACCCAUCGAGCUCAUCACUGGCGGGACCUUUGUGAUCAAGCUGCUGGGAUGGGGCGCGCUGCUGGGCUUUGCCGUGUCGCUCCUGAUCCAGCCCCUCAUCUUCCUCGUCGGCAAGGCCAUGGUCCGCUUCGAGGCGCAGCAGCAGGCUGUACGGGACCGCAAAGUGACGCUGCUCAACGAGAUCUUUGCUGCGAUCCGCAUGGUCAAGUUCAACGCGUGGGAGCACAAGAUGUCCGACCGGCUGCUCGAUGUGAGGGAGAAGGAGCUCAAGUGCGAGGCAAAGAUCUUUGUCGCCGACGUCAUCACCGACUUCUUCUUCGCGUCGAGUCCCACUGUCGUCAUUCUCGUCUCGUACGCCUGGUACACCAUUGUCCAGGGAAAGACGCUGACGCCCAGUGUCGCCUUUACAUCAUUGGCGGUGCUCGAGGAGAUGAGGUUCAGCCUCACGCAGAUCCCAGAGGCACUGGCAGAGUGUGCCCAAUCGCUCGUCUCCGUCCAGCGCAUCCAGCAGUACCUUCAAAGCGACGAAGUGGACGUUGUUCCGCCUUCUGCUUCAUCUCCAGCGUCGUCUUCUGCUGCAACAGCUGUCCACGAGCAAGUUUCGCCCAAGCUUCCCUCGAAUGGCCUCGGCAAGCAACCCGAUCACGACCAGGAUGAGGUAGCGCUGCGCCACGCAACAGUCGCAUGGCCUGUGCUCUCACAACCGGGAGAGAAUGCCUCUGGAGCAGGCAGUGUCCCUGUCGACGACGUAGAGGCUGGGCCAGCGGCGACGAGCAUGCCUCCGAGCCGAGCCGAGCCUGCCUUCCAGCUCCUCGACUUCGACGUCACGUUUGAAAGGGGUCAACUCAACGUCAUCGUCGGCAAGCUUGGCUCGGGAAAGACGCUGCUGCUUCGAGCCCUGUUGGGUGAGGCAGACAUCGUCUCGGGGCAGGCCAUCUGUCCACGAUCGAGGCCCGAUGCCAUUGAUGAUUCGCUCUUGUCCAGGAACGAGGGCCAGGGGGGCUUGUUCACGAAUCAGGGCUGGAUUAGGAGGGACCAGACGGCAUUUGUGCCGCAGACGGCAUUCCUGACGAACGCAUCGCUGCGAGACAACGUCCUCUUCGGCUUGCCGCUGUGGGAGCAGAGGUACAGGCAGACAAUUACUGCCUGUGGCCUCGACCCGGAUGUGGCCCUGCUGGAGGAUGGGGACGAGACGGAGAUUGGCGAGAGCGGCAUUGGCCUCAGCGGUGGGCAGAAGACGAGAGUCAGCUUGGCGAGGGCGGUGUACAGCCGAGGCGCGACGCUGAUCCUCGACGAUGUUCUGUCGGCCGUCGAUGCGCACACCGCCUCGCACAUCUACAACGAGCUGUUCCGGGGCCCACUGUGCGAGAAUCGAACGGUGGUUCUCGUCUCGCACCAGGUCCAGCUCGUCGCACCCGGCGCGGCACGCAUCGUUAUGGUCGACGAAGGAACCAAGCGCUUCGACGGCGACCCAAUGGCGUUUAUGAAGUCAGACUUGUACCACGGCUUGCUCGAGGAGCAGGAGGAAGAGGCCGACGAGAAGACGCAUGGAGCAAAGGGUGACAGCAGCGAGGGUCCGAGCGAGCCACCGAGUGGAUCCGCGACGCCUUCGACUGCGUCUCCGAAAUUGAAUGGAAAGAAGGAGCUGGAGCCGGAGACGUUGGAAGCUGCAGUGGCGGACGCCAAUGGCGACACAGCAACCUUGCCGAAAAAGACGCCGCGAAAGCUCGUCGAAGAGGAAAAGAGGGCCAAGGGAGGUGUUCUCCUCUCCAUCUACAAGACCUACCUCGAAGCGGCCGGCGGCAUGCCGUAUUUUGUCGUUCUGGUCGUUUCCUUUUGCGUAGCAGAGUCCUUCAUGGUCGUCGUCUCGCGCUGGCUGCAGUACUGGUCCUCGGACGCGACGAGGGCUGAGGGGCCCCAGCAUUCCAACGAGUGGUGGAUCUCGCGCUGGGCCAUCCUCUGGGUCAUCCAGCUGACUCUCCUCUCGUUCAAGACGGGCUUCCUCUACUACGGAUCACUAUCAGCCUCGCGGAAACUCUUCUCCGUCAUGCUCACCAGCGUGCUCAGAGCUCCGCUCCGCUUUCACGACACUGUCUCGCGUGGCCGGCUCUUGAACCGCUUUGGCCAGGACUUUGAAGAGGUCGACUCCAACAUUGCCCCCGCACUUGAGCGCUUUGGCGACCAAUUCCUCACCGUCGUCGUCAACGUCGUUGCCGUCACCUCGGGAGGCGGUGCCAAGUUUCUCAUCGUCUUUGCCGCCCUGAUGCCACUAUAUGUCGCCGUGGGGCAGGCGUACAUGCUCGCUGUGCGCGACCUUAAGCGGCUCCUCUCGACGACAAAGUCGCCUAUCCUCGGCCUCUUCUCCGACGUGGUCACAGGCGUGUCAGUCAUCCGGUCUUUUGGCGCGUCGCACUUCUUCUUCAAGACGCUCCUCGAUCGCCUCGAUGACAACGCCACAUUCAGCUUUUGGACAAACGAGCUGCGCUGGUGGUACGAGCAGAUGUUCAACACGAUCUCCUUUGGCCUCAUUCUCUCGGCCGCCAUCUUCAUCCUUCUCAACCCCAACGUUGGCGCAGCACAGGCCGGCUUCGUCUUCAGCUUCCUCAUCAACACGCACAUCUUCCUCCUCUUUCUCCUGCAGAGCUACACCGACACGGAGCAGAGGCUCAUCUCCGUCGAGCGCGUCGUCGAGUACAGCCAGCUCGAGGGCGAAGCAAAGGAGAUCAUCGAACCGAGACCCUCUGCCGACUGGCCAUCGCAGGGCCAGAUCGUUGUUCAGGAUCUGCGAGUGCGCUAUGCGCCCGAAUUGCCCGACGUCAUCAAGGGCGUGUCCUUUUCCAUCCCUCCCGGAUCAAAAGUGGGCAUCGUCGGACCGACGGGUUGCGGCAAGUCGACGAUGGCUUCCUCGUUCUUCCGCUUCGUCGAGGCAAGCGGCGGGAGCAUCUCUGUCGAUGGCGUCGACAUUGCCAGCGUGGGUCUGCAUGAUCUCCGCUCGAGGCUGCAGAUUGUACCGCAAGACCCCAUCAUUCUCUCGGGACCUCUGCGGGCCACGAUUGACGUCUUUGGAGAAUAUUCGGACGAGGCCAUCUUUGAGGCGCUGAGAGCUGUGCGCUUGCUCGACGAUGGGGGCAGUCACACACCGUCACGGGCUCCAACGCCUGGGCUCACUGUGCCUGGACUAGCCGAUGCAUCACACAAGCCGACGCUGAGUGUGAGCGGAACAGCGACGCCUCGAAGCACGGGACAGGGAGGCAACCGGAACGAGUUCCGAGACCUGAGCUACACCAUCACCGAGGGCGGCUCCAACCUGUCCAACGGCGAAAAGCAGCUCUUGUGCCUGGCUCGUGCUAUUCUGCGCAGGUCAAAGCUCAUCAUCUUUGAUGAAGCCACGAGCUCGGUCGACUAUGCCACCGACGAGCUCAUCACGGCCACGAUUCGGCGGUCAUUUGAGCAGUCGACCAUCCUGACCAUCGCCCAUCGCCUGCGUACCAUCAUCGACUUUGACCUCGUCAUUGUCAUGGACAAAGGCCAGGUCGUCGAGUUCGAUGCGCCCGCCAAGCUGCUCGAUGACGAGACGAGUCGCUUCUUCAAGCUUUGCAGGGCUUCGGGCAGAAGAGAAUUGGCACACCUUAAAAAGCUUGCAAAGAGAUAACGAGCUUUCAGAACACCGCUGUAGACUAUUGUUAGAUGAAGGACAUGAAACAAAUGCUGCGAU